AUGUCUUACAAUCCCUAUGCGUACGCUCAGCAAGAUGAGGGCAAUAUGUAUUUGAACGAUCGCUCGCAACCCAAUGUAGGAGACGUUCCAGCACAACACUCAAAUCCGCAAAUUUUUGGCAAACCUCCACAACAGCAGCAUGCAAAUGGACCAAAUACCGCUUUUCCCUUCCAAGACCCUAGAUCUUCAGUCGCAUACCAAUUGGGGCAGUCAGCCUUCUCGAACAUCAUAGGACAGAACAACUUCAGCCAAAUUCAAGAAAAUUUCAGCAAAGCCACUGGCAACUCAUCAUCGUUGUCUCACUAUUUCCAGGUCUCCAAUAGCUAUGUCUUCCGCAAGCUGAAAAUCAUUUUAUUGCCUUUCCUGCACCGUAACUGGCAACGACUGCCGAUCCCACAGAACGGAACUAGCGUGGGUCCAAGCUUCCAAGUACCACGCGUUGAUGUGAACUCACCAGAUAUGUACAUUCCCGUUAUGGGCCUUGUCACUUACAUUCUGUGCUGGAACUUUCAGCAGGGUCUGCAGGGCUCUUUCGACCCGGGCAACUUGUACCAAAGGCUAUCCACGACACUAGCUUCAGUCUUGAUGGAUCUCUUCAUAUUGAAAAUGGGUCUUUUUCUACUAGUGACAGCAAAAUCACCAACCACCAGCAUAACCGAGCUGGCAUGCUACGUCGGCUACAAGUUUGUUCCCUUGACUUUGGCGUUGCUCUUGCCCUCGAAGCCAUACUUUGCAUCUGUUUUGGGCAAAAUAUAUCUGCUAAUAGCUUUCGGCGUGUUUCUGCUCAGAUCCGUCAAAUUCAACCUGUUUGUUGAUGGCAGCGAUGAGGUCCAUACUGUCAAGAAAAGCGUUGUCAAGAAGUGUAAUUACUUCUUGUUCGUGUACGGCUUUGUUUGGCAAAGCGUGUUGAUGUGGUUAAUGGGAUGA